AGAUGAGGCCGAUGGUGAAGGGGCCGCACCGCGGCCUCUCGCGGAUCUCCGUUUUCGGUUCCGGUAUGAUGCUGUUCCAAUCCAGUCAAGCGUGGUGUUAUGCUCCUGUUCGUCCCCUUCAAUGGUGAGGAACCAAGCAGAUUCCAGCACUCCAUCUGUCAUUUCCACUUGUGGCAGCAGACAGGGAUCUAACAUGGAGGGCACAGCACCUGAAUCAAGAUCCAAUUCAAACUCCUUGCAGCAACAUAUGGGACAGCAGCCUCCACAGCCUCGAAAGAAACGACCUGAUGACUUCAAAUUUGGGAAAAUUCUGGGUGAAGGAUCUUUUUCAACGGUUGUCUUGGCUCGAGAAUUGGCAAGUUCUAGAGAGUAUGCCAUUAAAAUUCUAGAAAAACGUCAUAUCAUAAAAGAAAACAAGGUACCAUAUGUGACACGAGAGAGAGAUGUAAUGUCCCGUCUGGAUCACCCUUUUUUUGUGAAACUCUACUUCACCUUUCAGGAUGAUGAAAAGCUAUAUUUCGGACUUAGCUAUGCCAAAAAUGGAGAGCUGCUAAAAUAUAUACGCAAAAUUGGCUCAUUUGAUGAGACCUGUACAAGGUUUUACACUGCUGAAAUUGUAUCAGCCCUGGAGUAUUUGCAUGGCAAAGGAAUAAUUCACAGGGACCUUAAGCCAGAGAACAUCUUAUUAAAUGAAGAUAUGCACAUUCAAAUAACAGACUUUGGAACAGCAAAAGUAUUAUCUGCAGAUAGCAGACAAGCACGGGCAAACUCAUUUGUAGGGACAGCACAGUAUGUUUCUCCAGAGCUGCUGACAGAGAAAUCUGCCUGUAAAAGCUCUGACCUCUGGGCUCUGGGAUGCAUAAUAUAUCAACUUGUAGCUGGAUUGCCUCCAUUUAGAGCUGGAAAUGAAUAUCUUAUAUUCCAGAAGAUAAUAAAAUUGGAAUAUGACUUCCCAGAAAAAUUUUUUCCCAAGGCAAAAGACCUUGUGGAGAAGCUAUUGGUUCUAGAUGCUGCCAACCGAUUAGGUUGUGAAGAAAUGGGAGGAUAUGGACCUCUUAAGGCUCACCCCUUCUUCGAAUCCAUUGUGUGGGAGAACCUGCAUCUUCAGACACCCCCUAAACUUACAGCGUAUUUACCUGCUAUGUCAGAGGAUGAUGAAGACUGUUAUGGAAAUUAUGACAAUCUCCUGAGUCAGUUCGGUUGCAUGCAAGUUUCUAGUUCUGCCUCUUCCCAUUCACUGUCUGCUGCAGAGACAAGUACACCACAGACAUCAGGAGGAAAUAUUGAACAGUAUAUUCAUGAUCUUGACAACAAUUCCUUUGAGCUGGAUUUACAGUUUUCUGAAGAUGAAAAGAGGUUACUUCUGGCAAAACAAGCUGGUGGAAAUCCUUGGCAUCAGUUUGUAGAGAAUAACUUAAUCCUAAAAAUGGGUCCAGUGGACAAAAGAAAGGGAUUGUUUGCACGUCGGCGCCAAUUGCUGCUUACAGAAGGGCCCCACCUGUAUUACGUGGAUCCUGUCAACAAAGUUCUAAAAGGAGAAAUUCCAUGGUCUUUAGAGUUGCGUCCAGAAGCCAAGAAUUUUAAGACAUUUUUUGUUCACACGCCAAACAGGACAUAUUACCUGAUGGACCCAAGUGGGAAUGCUCAUAAAUGGUGCAAAAAGAUACAUGAAGUUUGGCGGCACAGAUACCACCAGAAUGCUGCAAAAUAGUAAAGCUCAUCCAAAAUUUCCCAGUUUCCCUUCUUGCUGCUAGAACUCCGUGUGCAGCCGAUCAGAAGAAUCUUUUCAACCCACCUAUUGCCAUCUCAAGGGGAAGCAUACAUCUGAAAUGUUCUUGGGGUUUUUUUUGGUGUUUUUUUAGUUUUUGGUUUUGGUUUUGUUUUUUGUUUUUGGUUUUCUUC